AUUCAUUGCAAGUACUGAGUCUGUAAGACCACCGUUGGUUCACCACAUCCGAAAAUUCUUACUGAAGACUCCAAACAUGAGUGGAGAUGCAUCUCCUACCUUACCGCUCACCCCAGCAUCUAAUGUUGUUGUCGAAUCGAGCUCUUGCUUGACCAUCCCCGAAACCAGAGACGGAUUUUAUGGCUAUACCGAUGAGAAGAGCCUCCAACAAAUGGUGGAACACAAAUGGGCACAGCGUCAUACUUCCGACGUUGCGCAUCCUCAGGCUGACAGUACAUCACUAUCUGCCAGUUUCACGUUGUCUUCUAUUGGCGAAACCCCUCAAAUUCAAGCGACUGAAGAGUUACAUCCGUCUCAUUUCUCUGACGAUGAAGAUAAAGAACAGAUUUCGGAUGUUCAGCGCCACAUGGAUACCAUAAUCACCCCAGAGCUUGCACGUGUUGUCCAGUCUUUUCAGAAAUGCCUUGAGCUUCGCGAUAAAUAUAUCACGAAAUCUUUACAGAGGCUGGGAGAUAACCCCAGAGACCACGACGGUGUCUUUCAUGGCGUGGCUGAGGGCCUGGCGGACGUUUCUGGGGUCAAGCCCGACGUUAACCAAUCUUUAGCGGCAUCCCAGAACAGCCCUCACGAGCCCUGGGUCAUAUAUCCGAAGCCUCCUCCACCUCACUGGCACUUUGCGGCGAAAGAAACGGUCAUUAGCGCAGAUGGUCGCGUUACACCGGACGACCAAUUCGAAUUCUCUCAAUGCCAAAUACCCGGUAAUCAUGAGUGGGUGUUUGAAAUAGAUGACAAAGGCGUAUAUCAAAUAUACACGAACUCUGAUGCAGAAACCAAGAAACCACUCUUCGAUAUACCCACUAUCAGAGAGUACUUCGUUGAUCUAGACUAUGUCCUCGGAGUUAUCUCCGAUGGUCCAGCAAAAAGUAUGGCAUAUCGUAGGCUCAAGUAUCUGGCGAGCAAGUUCGAGAUGUACAGUCUCCUGAACGAGUUUCAAGAAUUAGCUGACAUGAAGGUGGACACGCACGUCCAUCUAGCAAGUUGCAUGAACCAGAAGCACCUCUUGCGGUUCAUCAAGUCCAAGAUGAAACGCAGCCCUCAUGAUGUUGUUAUCUUCCGUGAUGGGACAGACUUGACGCUGGAACAAGUGUUUCAGUCGCUCAAGCUGAGCGCAUAUGAUCUAUCCAUCAAUACGCUCGACAUGCACGCCCACCAAGAUUCCUUCCAUCGGUUCGAUCAAUUUAACCUGAAGUACAAUCCGAUCGGCGAGUCCAGGCUGAGAGAAAUUUUCCUGAAAAUAGAUAAUAAGAUAGAUGGUAGAUACUUCGCUGAGAUCACCAGAGGUAUGCUUCGUGAUAACUGCGAAUGGCGUGUCAGUAUUUACGGUAGAUCCGUGGAUGAGUGGGACAAGCUUGCGAAAUGGAUCAUCAACAAUGAUUUGUUUUCGCACAACGUUCGCUGGCUCAUUCAAGUUCCUCGACUGUAUCAAGUGUACAAGGAGACUGGUGCACUCGACACAUUCGAAGAAAUCGUCAUUAAUGUCUUCCGCCCACUCUUUGAGGUCACGAAGGAUCCAAAGUCGCAUCCUGAACUUCAUGUAUUUUUGCAACGUGUCGUUGGCUUCGACAGCGUGGAUGACGAAUCUAAGGCGGAACGUCGAUUCCACCGCAAAUUUCCCUUUCCUCGGCUCUGGGACUCCAAGCAGAAUCCUCCGUUUUCUUAUUGGAUGUACUACAUGUAUGCAAAUAUGGCCAGCUUGAACCACUGGCGAAAAGCACGAGGGUUCAACACGUUCGUAUUCCGACCUCACGCCGGUGAAGCAGGAGACACGGAUCACCUGACCGCGGCCUUUCUUACAUCUCACUCGAUUUCACAUGGAAUUCUGCUUCGCAAGGUCCCCGCGUUGCAGUACUUAUUCUACCUGAAACAAAUUGGGCUAGCUAUGAGUCCCUUAAGCAAUAAUGCGCUGUUCCUGACCUAUGAGCGCAACCCGCUUCCUGACUUUUUCAAAGUUGGGCUUGAAUCUCAUAUCUACAAGCUUCCUCAAAGUUCACUAGCUGAGCUCGCUCGCAACUCUGUGAUCCAAAGUGGCUUUGAGAUGGAGAUCAAAAGGCAUUGGCUCGGUCAAGAGUGGUAUCUACCAGGCGCUGCAGGCAAUGAUAUCCAUAAGACAAACGUGCCAAAUCUUCGGCUAGCAUAUAGGCACCGCAUACUACUUGACGAGCUUGCGAUGAUCAAGUCGCAGCACUCUACGUAGUCAAGAGCUCGAUAUGGCAUCAUUUGGUGAUAGUGGCAUUGGACCCGUAUGAUAUAUAUCCCGUUUUCUCUCAAACAAGUGUAACUAUGCCUUCUCAAGGUUCCAGAUAUAGAUGUGCUUUUAUAGGACAUAGUUCCGGUA